CCUGGUUUGAUCCGCCUCUUGCUGAAAAAGUGGGCGAAGAUGUGGGUUUUUUUCCCCCCUGUAUUUUUGCAGAGCGCAGAGGGAGGGAGGUUGUGGGAGAGAACUGCAAGUUGCAGCGUGUGAAAAUGAUUGGUCUGAUGAUGGGCGGAUAUUUCCCGGGGCUGCUCAACAGAAUGUGAUGAGGGUGAAGACGCAAUGGGGAGAAGUAACUGACGUACUGGAGUCAGGUACCGAGACCAGCAGCAGCAGCAGCAGCAACUGCUCGCUCAGCUCGACAGCAGCACUCCGGAGCUAGAGGGGUGGUGUGUUGUGGUGGGGGGGCUGCUUUCGGCUCACCAGCUGCAAUAUAGCUCACCUUCAGCGCAAGAAAAAAACCCUACUGAUCUCCAGCGCACAUACACACACACAUCUCUACCAAAGCGGGAGCAGAAUGCAGCAUUUAACACAACAGCCCCCAAGAAGAUUUCCAGUUCGGUUUCGUUAAUUCGCCAGGACUUCGCAGUUGAUGUCUAUUUGGAAUGAUGGGGACCUUCCCUCUUUCUCUGGGAUUCGGUUGUCUUUUUGUGUUUUGCGCUCAUUUGGGUUCCUCAUCCCAAGCCCGAUUCACUGAGCUCCCCGAGAGUGUGACAGCGAGAGAAGGGGACAAUGUGGAAAUGGCCUGUGCUUUCAGGGGCAGCGGCUCCCCGUCCUAUUACUUAGAGAUCCAGUGGUGGUUCAUCCGAGCUCCAUCGGAGCAGGAAUACAGUCCAGAGACCAGCAAGAUUCAGUUGGACACUUUGCCACAAAGCGAAAUGAUCAACGACGAGACGAAGAUCAGUACCGUCAAAGUGAUGGGCAGCGACAUCUCGCACAAGCUGCAGAUCUCCAAAGUGCGGAAGGAUGACGAGGGUCUGUAUGAGUGCCGAGUGACCGACGCCAACAACGGCGAGCUGCAUGAGUACAAGGCUCAGGGGCACCUGUAUGUGAACGCCAGCCACGCCCGGGCCCUGCAGGCACUGGAGGCGCCGCCUCUGCCCCUGCACGAUGGCAAGGGGCUGCGGGCACCAGCCGGACCGGCUGCGGCUCCUUCCAGCGAGCGACCGGGCCGGCACUCCCCCAGCAACCGAGUGGCGCACACGGGACAGACCGGAGCCACGACCAGACCCGCGGCCACAAUCCUCAGGCAGAGUGCCACAUCCACAUCAGCAAAGAGCGAUUGGAUGGUAAAAUCCAUGGACUGGACAGCAAAAUCGACUUUAAACUCCCACCUUUCUGCACCCAAUGCACUGUAAUUCUCUAGAAACGGGAGCCCUUAGCGAGGCCGGCAAAGCAAGCGAGCUAAAGCGCCACUGGCGGCAGUGACCGAGGAUAUUCACUGCAAAUGGAUUUUGACAUUGAUAAUGAACCACUCUGGGGGCAAUUCGUGUGCGAGAUUGCCGCUCUCGGGGCGUUCUCUUACACAAAAAAAAACCGGGCACCAGGAGGCCACCGGUGUCCAUAGACCUGCCUGAAGUGCAUCGGAGCCUGUCAGCUCAGCGUGGGUGCAAGAUUUUAACUGUCCCCGUCUCCACAUUAAAGGCACUCUGAUCAUUCUCUGAAGGUCUUGAUUUCCACCAUAACCCUCUGUGUAAGUGUGUGCAGGAUUCUCGUUGCAAUAGAGACACCUUCAGGACAUGUGCGACGUUUCGCUCUCAGCGCCUGGAUGAUUCACUUUACCUGUACUAGUUUGAUAUAUCAACCCGUUGGAAACCUCCCGUAUGUGCAGAGCCGAUCUAAAGCCGGAUGUUUUAUUGCUUCUCAAUGUGCUGUCGUUAACCCCUUCUCUUCCCCCUCCCUCCCUGGACCUAAAUGUCCCUUCCACCAUUACAACGCUCGGUGUGACUCCAGUACGGUUUUAUUUUUCCUUUUUUAAAUAACUGGCUGAAUCCUAAUUUUAAUAAUACCACACUGUGUGACCACCCCCUUUAUUUUUCACCCCUAUUAACGUAUUCACUCAAGAUUCUGGACAAUCGCUUAUCGAGAUGCAAGUUGUGUAUUUAAACCAAUUUUCGUACGGUCUGUGAGUCAACAAUACAAAAAAAAAUAGAAA